AAAUGGAAGACGAGGAUCUAAGUGGUAAAGAAUUGCCAACAAUCACUUCCAUUAUGAACAAAGUUAGAGAUAUUAAAAAUAAGAUUAAAAGUGAGGACCUUACUGAUGAGUUAAAUUUUAAUAAAGUCUCUGCAGAUACUUCUGACAAUUCAGGAACUGUUAACCGAAUUAUGAUGACAGCAAACAACCCAGAGAACUGGUUGAAUUUUUUGCUAAAAAUAGAAAAAAAAAGUAUUCCUCAAGAUGAUGGAUUUCUAAAUAAAUUGAUUGGCCGUUAUAGUCAAGCAAUUGAAGCUCUUCCUCCAGACAAAUUUGGUCAAAAUGAAAGUUUUGCUCGAAUUCAAGUGAGAUUCGCUGAACUGAAAGCUAUUCAAGAACCAGAUGAUGCACGUGACUGCUUUCAGAUGGCCAAAGCUAACUGCAAGAAAUUUGCUUUUGUGCAUGUGUCUUUUGCACAGUUUGAACUAUCUCAAGGUAACUUCAAAAAAAGUAAGCAACUUCUUCAAAAGGCUAUAGAAUGUGGUGCAGUCCCACUAGAAAUGUUAAAAAUUGCCAUACAAAAUUUAAAUCUACAGAAAAAACAAUUGCUUUCAGAGGAGGAAAAAAACAACUUUUCAGCAACUACCAUUUUAACCACCCAAGAAUCAUUCCAAAACCCACUUGGAAAUUUACAGAAUAGAAAUACUAAUUGUGAUUCCAGAAGACCAUCUAAUGUGGCCAGAUUUUUAUAUGGGGAAAAUAUACCUCCUCAGGAUACAGAGAUGAGUGGUAGAAAUCCCUUGAAACAAUUAAACAAAUCUACACCAUCAUGCCCAUUUGGAAGGGUCCCAGUUAACCUUAUAAAUAGCCCAGAUGGAACUGUGAAGAGAGAUGGUCCAGUUGGACAGAGUUUUAUAAAGAGACAAACUCCUGGAUCAGAAUAUAGAGAUUUGAUUGUGCCUAAACCAGAACCAAGUGAAGAUGAUUCAUAUGAGUUAAAAGAUAUAAAGACACUUCAAAAUAUCUACUCCAUGGAUUUUCAGUUAUCAGGUGAGAAGAGUUCAGAGCUUGCUCCUGAUUUAACAAUAACACUAAGGAAUAAAACAGGAUCUUGUCUUCCAACCAAAAAAGAAGAAAACAAAGCACAAUAUCAAGAACCAAAAGCACCAGAAAAUAACCAGAUCCCUCGACAAUCUAAUUUCAAUAGUAGUAAUAGAAAAUCAGAGUCCUUAAACCAAAAUUCUGUGGUGUCUUCUAGUCAAUGGCAAAUUCCAGAGGCAAACCGAAAUUCCGUACCAGAGCAAAAACGUUCCAGUUUUGAACAACCAGGCUUAACAAUUUCAAAACAAUCUCCACCAGUAACAGCUCCUAAAAGAACUGAUAACAAAUUUAUGUGCAACACACCUAGCAACAGCACACUAAAUGACUACAUGGCCUGUUUUAGAACUCCAGUUGUGAAGAAUGACUUUCCACCAGGACCUCAGUUUUCUACUCCCUACAAUCAACCUUCCUACUUACAGCAGCAACAACAAACACCAGCGACUCCAUUUCAAAGCUUACAGAUUUCAGGAUCAUUUUCUUCAAAUGAAUACAUUUCAGUUAAAGGAAGAAUUUAUUCCAUAUUAAAGCAGAUAGGAAGUGGAGGUUCAAGUAAGGUUUUUCAAGUAUUGAGUGAAAAGAAGCAGAUAUAUGCUAUCAAAUAUGUGAAUUUGGAAGAAGCUGACCAUCAAACCAUUGAGAGCUACCGGAAUGAAAUUGCUUAUUUGAGUAAACUGCAACAACAUAGUGAUAAGAUCAUUCGACUUUAUGAUUAUGAAAUCACUGACCGCUAUAUUUAUAUGGUGAUGGAAUGUGGAAAUAUUGAUCUUAAUAGUUGGCUUAAAAAGAAAAAAACAAUCAAUCCUUGGGAACGCAAAAGUUACUGGAAAAACAUGUUGGAAGCAGUUCAUACAAUCCACCAGCAUGGCAUUGUUCAUAGUGAUCUGAAACCUGCUAACUUUCUGAUAGUUGAUGGAAUGCUUAAGCUAAUUGAUUUUGGGAUUGCCAACCAAAUACAGCCAGAUAUGACAAGCAUUAUUAAAGAUUCUCAGGUUGGUACAGUUAAUUAUAUGCCACCAGAAGCCAUCAAAGAUAUGUCUUCUUCAAGAGAGAAUGGGAAAUCAAAAUCAAAGAUAAGCCCAAAAAGUGAUGUGUGGUCCUUAGGAUGCAUUUUAUACUGCAUGACUUAUGGGAAGACUCCGUUUCAGCAUAUAAUAAAUCAGAUCACUAAGUUACAUGCUAUAAUUGAUCCUAAUCAUGAAAUAGAAUUCCCUGAAAUUGCUGAAAAAGAUCUACAGGAUGUACUAAAGUGUUGCUUAAUAAGGGAUCCUAAACAGAGAAUAUCUGUUCCUGAACUCUUGGUACAUCCAUAUGUUCAGAUUCAAACUCAGUCACAAUCAGGUGGUCAAGUGGUUAAGGGAACCACAGAGGAAAUGAAACAUGUUCUUGGCCAGCUUGUUGGCCUGAAUUCUCCUAACUCCAUUUUGAAAGCUGCCAGAACUUUAUAUGAACAGUACAGCAGUGGAGAAAGUCAUGAUUCAUCAUCAUUUGCCAAACCAUAUGACCAAAAAUGGAAAAAGAAAUGAUAGGCAACCUCUAAUAUGUAACCUACCACUUUUUGUAUAU